GCUAGUUUAAACAAUAAACAAAUUGAAAUGAUAAAUAAACUUGGAUAUACUUAUUUAUUUGAUUGGCAACAAAAAAUGAUAAAAAUAAACGAGAAUAAUAAUUGGAAUAAUUUAGAAAAUGCAGAAAAUGCUUUGGAAGAAAAAAUUGAAGCAAUUGCAAAUUUGGGGGAAUCAGAAGCUUGGAAAACAUUAAAUUGUGAGAAAACUUGCUUUGAGCUUUUAAAGAAGCUUGAAAACAAAACAAUAACUUAA